GCAACCAUAUCAAAACGCGUCUCAGCUGUCAAGUGCGGAGUAAAUUAAGCAAUCAUUGCCAUAUUUAACCCAGUUGUUGCAUGAGCAUCAUAUUUGGUGUUGAAAAUCCGUGCAUUUAGCAAAGAAAUGGUGAAGAUUAAUAUUGAAUAUUGCGGUGGGUGAGGGUAUGGUCCCCGCUACGGGGAGCUUGCUGGAAUGAUUCGGCAAAAAGUUCCCUCUGCGGAGAUUGAAGGCCACAUUGGACGAAGAACUUCGUUUGAGGUGACUGUGGAUGAUCAAUUGAUCCACUCCAAACUGAGCACAAAUUCCUUUCCAGAUUUUGAAGAGGUUGCUAGUAUUGUGCAAUCAGUCGCUGAGGGAUCUAAGCCUCAGCAAGUAACGAAGACCCAAUCUGCUGGAUGCAACAUCCUGUAGACACCCUUUUACCAUGGCAAUGAAUUUGGUUAGGUUAAACAUUUACUGCUCACUUAUGAAAUGGACUCUUUGAAGCACUUUCGUGUUGGUGUCUGUUGAUUUUUCUUGAGCUUGUAUCUGAUGCUAUCUGCAAAUUUAUGUAUAUAGAAUAAUAAACCACAUCCAAAAUA